UUGCACGUUACGGAUGAUUAUUAUUUUAUAUUAUCUUCAUUGGUAACCCCAAAUAUCCAUAACUAGUUAUCCAAGAACCGGAAUUUACAUAGUAUUCCGCUGACUCCGCUCACUCUCUUUGUCCCUCUCCACCCUCAUCCAAGACCGCCAAGACUUCUAGCUCAACACACCAUCCUCACUUCGUCCUUGAUCUCCGUGCGCUGUGCAAGGGACUAUCUAUCACUUCUGAGACUCGAAUAAUAUCUUAAAGAUACGCUUCUUGGCUCUUCUUCCAGAGAUUAUGGAUCCCGAUAAUAGAUUGUGGGAAAUUGAAGAGGGCGUGCCACAGCUCCUCGACCCCUUUAUCCAGAAGUUCCUCGCGGGGCGCCGUUCCCUGAUUCAAGAAGAGAAAUCCCAACAACAUGACUCCAAUCUUUGUAAGGCCUUACCCGAGGUCGCCAUCAGAGCGCGCAAAAUUGUCUCCCGGAUCUGUUCCGCGACCAGGCUGGAGCACGGGGGGAUUCCACACCCAAGCCUCAUGUCAGACCCAGAUAGGGAACGAUUGGAAAGUUCAGAUCUAUGGAAGAUCGUGCGCAAUCUUCCCAAAGGCUCCUUACUGUAUGGUCACCUGCCUGUUAUGAUCGAUAUAGAUUUCCUUAUCGACCAGGCGUUGGCGACACCCGGAAUUUACAUAUCCGCGCCCAAUCCGCUAAUCACCCACCAUGACUUCGAGAACGCCACAUUCUUCUUCCAUUAUAUGCCUGCCCAUCAGGCAGAAGUAGAGGGAUCCAAAGAUAAGCCCGAGCUGUCCCUGUGGUCCGACAGCUAUGAACCAUCAGCUUCACUAGACCUGCAGACAGCCGCGGCUUUAUUUCCUCAUGGUGGUCAGAUAGGGUUCCGUGAUUGGCUAAAGAGGCGAUGCGCGGUGAGCUCCGAAAACCAUCCUUGUGGUCGUAGAACCUCCCCCAUUUCAAAUCUAUUCAACCAUUAUCUGCCAAUUGUUAGCCCUCUUUUCCACCAUGAACCUAUACUGCGCGUCUGUCUGCGCCGCAUUUUCUCCCAACUUGUCGCUGACAAGAUAAACUACGUCGAGUUCAGACUCGCCUUCGACUUCCAGUAUACACGUGAAGGAGCAGAAAAGCCGGAAGCAGACUACUUCGCCUGGUUCCAUAUUUUCCAAGAAGAAAUCUCCCUUUUCCAAUCCCUCGAUGAGGGCAAAAACUUCUACGGCGCACGCAUCAUAUGGGCAGCCCCACGUAACCUCUCAAACAAGGACAUUGGAGAAAGCAUGAAAGAAUGUAUCAUCAUGAAGAAAAGAUUCCCCGCCCUAAUCUGCGGUUUCGAUCUCCUGGGUCAAGAAUCCACCGAGAGACCACUCCAUAAUCUUUUACCAAUUCUUUUUUGGUUCCGCGGUCGCUGCGCCGAGGAGACCGUAAAUAUCCCCUUCAUCUUCUCUGCAGGCCAGUCCAUGGGCGCUGGUGAUGAUGCAGAUGGUAACCUCUUCGACGCCGUUCUGCUAAGCUCUCGCAGAAUAAGCCAGGGUUUAUCCCUCUACACACAUCCGUUGCUUAUCGACAUCAUCAAAAAAAAGAAUAUCCUCAUCGAGUGCUCGCCCACUUCAAAUAAAGGGUUCGGAUUCACAAACUCUUUCCAAGCACAUCCAAUCCCCGCUCUUCUUUCUCGUGAAGUAUCUGUCGCACUCUGCAACGACUCUCCCGGUAUCUUCGGAAACGGGGAGAACGGUCUUUCCUCUGAGUUCUGGCAGGCUCUCUUAGCAUUCCAGAAUAUGGGGUUAACAGGGCUCGCCAUGUUAGUAGAGAACUCGAUCCGGUGGAGCUGUUACGAGGAUCAAACGCAAUCUGAGUGGGGCUCAGAUAUACAGGAGGGGAUUCUGGGGGAGGGAGAGAAGGCUGCCCGGUUACAUGCGUUUUAUGCGGAGUUCGAAAGUUUCUGCCAGUGGGUUGUGCGGGAGUACGGGGAGAAGUAUCCAGUUGAGGUCUAGAUGUUUUUCUUUUUCCAAAGAGAAUGCAUUUAAUGAAAUUAGGUUGGUUCACCUUGACUAUUUUAUGUAUAAAUAUAGUAUUUAUGGUUUAUAUUGGUGUUCCUAUGGAGUUUGUACUUUUUUAGGCUACUACUACUACUACUACUGCUCUGUUGUCUUUGGAGCUGGAAAUCCAGUCUACAAAUCUCCAGGACUAUUUAUCUAUCCUGCGAAGG